AAUUCAUAUUCUUACACUUGUUAUUGUUUAUUUCAUGUGUCAUUCUUUCAUGAAUUGAUGAGCAUAAAAGCAAAACCAAUGAUCCUUUGCCAAAGUCACCUAGAUUGGUAAUAAUGGUCUCAUUAAGAUUUUGAAGCACGAGUGGCCAGCAAGAUGGCGAAGCUUCAUUCCUGAUGUUGUCUCAGCAGCUAAAACUAGUGAAACAAUCUACGAGAAUUGCAUGGCUAUACUGAAAGUAGGUUUAUCCCUGUUUUCAUUAGAUUUUAUUUCUUAUGUCUAUGACUAAGUUAAAAAAUGUCUGUUCAGCUUUUGAGUGAAGAGGUUUUUGAUUUUUCGAGAGGAGAAAUGACACAGCAGAAGAUAAAAAUGUCAUAUGACUAACUUAAAAAAUGUCUAUUUUUGUUAAUUGAAUUGAAUGAACAGGAUUUUAUCAUCUUAUUUUUGUUAUAACUUGUUCUGUUUCGAUGUUUUGGUAGUGGAAUUUAUGACACUUGAGUUUUUGUAUGAUGUUUUUAUGUUUGAAUUCAUAUUCUUACACUUGUUAUUGUUUAUUUCAUGUGUCAUUCUUUCAUGAAUUGAUGAGCAUAAAAGCAAAAUCAAAGAUCCUUUGCCAAAGUCACCUAGAUUGGUAAUAAUGGUUUCAUUAAGGUAAGUUAAUAUUUUGGAUUAUCACAAAAUCUACUGUUGAUCUCUCUGCUACUUUAUUGAUCAUUUGGAUUAUAAGGUAAGUUAGUUUUCCAUUAAGUUUUCUUAUCCGACUCCAUCUAAGUAAUUGAUUUCGAACUAUUCAUUUUUUCUGGUCAUUUUGGUUUUAAUCAACACUUCUUGAUGCAUUCUAUUCAACCAUCACUAUGUCAUUUGUUAGACAUAAAAUUUGCAAAGUUUUGUUCUGUCAAAGACAGGUUGGUAUGCUUAUUGAGCAAGCUUCAAGGACGCCACUGGCACCGUUCAGGAAAAACCUCUUCAGCCUUUCUUAUCGAUUAUUAAGUCAAUGAUCCUCAUUGGUGGAGUGGAAGUAAAAACUGACAUGAAGAAAAUUGAGGAACAAGGAGAAAACAUCUUGAUCAGCUGGCCUGGUCGAUUACACGACAUGAUGAAUUGGACGGAUGUUUUGGAUUUCAAAAGUUGAGGUUGCUGAAGAGCUUGAUAAAACAGGAUUGAGGAACAAACAAAAACAACAAAUGGGCAAUGGCAUGCAACAUCAAAACAAAGAGUCUUCAAAGACACUUUUGGUUCUUCACAUUGAGGAAUGGUAGAGAUUAAGAUGCUAACUGAUUAUGCAAGUGAAGAGCCUAAUUUGUGCCAAUGGAUGCAAGAGGAUAAAGAACUGUCUACUCAUGGCCAUUAUCUUUACUACGGGAUUUGGAGAUACUGAUAAAGAGCUUUAUUUGGUCAGGGGAUAUCACUCAAAGGAAGCUGGUAGUUGUUAGUUGGAAGAACGUGUGCAAGCCUUUUAAUCAUGGUGGUUGUGGCCACAGGUCUUUAUUUACUCUCAACGAGGCCUCAAAUUUAAAGCUUUGUUGGGACAUGUUACAUUAACAGGAACAUUCGGCUAUAUUACUGAGAAGCAAGGUCUGUAGAGAUAAAUAAUGCAUCAAUCACCACAUUUUUUCAUCCUUAUGGAGUAGUUUCAAGUCGGAGUUCUAGCUUUUUACUAUAAAUUUCUGGAAUGAGAGAUGGUGUGAUAAAUAUUCUUUGGCUCAAACAUUACACAUACCUGUCAAUCUUCAUCAGUUUCUUUCUGCUACUGUUGCAGACUUUAUUCAUAGCACCAUUGACAUAUUCCUUUUGAUCUGGAAGUUAUGUUCCCUAAUCUCAGACACAUUAUUGAUAGGGUUUCAAUCCCAAUGGAGCAUAAGCCUGAUGUAUUCCCCAAACACUUCUUUCUCUCUCAUCGCAUCUCAAUUUUCCUUCUUCUCUCUCAAAUCACAACCAAACACUCAUUUUCCCUCUCUUUUCUCUCCGAUCAAAAUGGCACGUACAAAACAAACCGCUCGCAAAUCCACUGGACUAAAAGCACCAAGGAAACAACUAGCAACAAAAGCCGCACGGAAAUCUGCUCCGGCGACCGGAGGAGUGAAGAAACCUCACAGAUUUCGUCCAGGAACAGUUGCUUUAAGAGAGAUCAGAAAGUAUCAAAAGAGCACUGAGCUUCUCAUUAGGAAACUUCCAUUCCAAAGAUUGGUCAGAGAAAUCGCUCAGGAUUUCAAAACUGAUGUACGAUUCCAAAGUAGUGUUGUUUCUGCUCUUCAAGAAGCUGAUGAAGCUUAUCUUGUUGGUUUGUUUGAAGAUACUAAUCUUUGUGCUAUUCAUGCUAAGAGAGUUACUAUUAUGCCUAAGGAUAUUCAACUUGCUCGUAGGAUUAGAGGCGAGAGGGCUUAGAUUUGAUUUCUUAGGGUUUAUGUUCUCGAUUAGAUUUCUGUUAGGGUUCGGUUCUUGGUUAGAUUUAUGUUAGGGUUUGAAUCUUGACUAAUCAUUAUCUUGUAAGAAAGUUUCGAUCUACUUUUUAAUGUAAUCAGAUUAAAUUUGAAUUGAAUGGGUUUAACAGUCUUUGUUUCA